CAUUUGAAAGGAUAGAAGGAAGCAGAGACGACUGUCGGACCAUUUCAUUCAGAGAACCUACACCAAAUAUCUUCUGGAUCCCAUCUGCAGCCUGUGAUGACAUCAUCAGUGACUGGUGGCUGUCCAUUGGCUCUUGUCAUUCUGCUUCUCGUGUCCAUGGAUCCUACAGCCACUGAGGUGGUGAGAUCAGUCAGAAACUGUGCUCAAUUCUUCCUGGAAGGAACCCCACCAGAAAUACCAGGAGUGUUGAAAGGGGGGGAUAUUGUGAUCAAGGAACGCUACGAGACCAUUUGCCAGGAAUAUGAAAGUACCAUGAGGUUCAUGACGCUCUAUGACACAUUGGAGAAAAUCCCAGUGUUUUCUGCAUAUAUAUACACAGGACACAUAAAAGGGAGAGCCAGUACCAAUUGGAAGACUGAGCCAGAGCUCGAAGACAAACAACAGGCAACAAGGGACUGGCCUAAGGGUAGUUCACAUGAUAAGGGCCAUUUGUAUCCAUGUUUUCAUGCAAACAGCAAAGAUGAUCAGAAAUCCACAUUCAAGCUGACCAAUUGUGUUCCACAAGUUAAAUCAUUCAAUAGGGGAAGAUGGUGCAAAAUGGAGAAAUAUGUCAAAGGUUUGAUGGAUGGAUACUGUUCAAACCAAAACAAUAAGCUUGAGGCAUUUGUUUUGACUGGAGCAGUUCCCAGUGAUACAUAUAUGGGGUCCGGCCAGCGAAAAGUGGCGUCAGUGGUUCGCAAGCGCACACUGGGGUGCCAAUGA